GAUACACCAGAUGCGCCGUCUGUCCAGCUUCCUCCGCUCCCUAAACACCAUUAGAGCGUGGUCUCGCGUCUCCGCACGCCAAGUCUCAUGAUGGACAGACAGCCUUCGCAGCCGGCAUCAGCAACAGGUAAAUGUCAAAAACGCCAUGCGCUUUCCAGUCCCUUGCGGGAAAGUGGUGAUGUCGCCCACAAACGGCCACGCAUAGACCCUCCCGAGCCCCUUUCUCUCCGCAAACCCGGUAGCCAACAGAGUCUUGUAAUGGCUAUCAAUUCUUUCAAUGCCAAGCUCGACUCGCAAGAACGUCACUUCAAUCGCAAGCUUGCAGAGCAAGAAACGAGAUGGCAGACGCGAUUCGAGAGCCUGGAGUCAAAGUGGGUAGGCAAGCUAGCCCUCGCUGAACUCGAAGUAGAGCGGAGCAAAACCAAAGCUACGAGCGUAGAGAUGGAUUUACGGGAAAGAGUCGGGAGGCUGGAAGGUGCCCUGGCGGUGUUGAUGCGCCAGUCACAGGGUAUGCUGAUGCCGAUGGGAAAUCUCUCGUCCAUAGACUACCAUACUUCGGGUGGGCACGCAGGAGCAUUCGCGUCGAAUGGGGUAGCCACUAGCUCUGGCCAAGCCCAUGCGGAUUUGGAACAGACCCUUACGCCUUUAUGGUCGAGGGAACAAGCAAUCGAGGACCUCGAUGAGCAACAGGCCGUCAAGGUUCAGCCACCAGACACGGUUGAUAACCAAAUUGUAGUUGAGAGUCAAGACACGUCAAUCGCUAUUGACUUGACCGGUGUGGAUGAUGAGGUGGAUACGACUCUCCCGGGAAGAGAACAUGGUCAUGCCAAUAAUUACUUCACCAAUCCUGCAAAUGACCCCAUCCUGCCUACCGUCAGCCCGCAGGCUCUCAUCCCCAACAACUUUACAGACCACCUCGAACCCGAUACUGACGAUGACAUGGAAACGGAUGGCGCGCACAACAACAACAUCAUCAACAACGGCCUCUGGCUCCCUGACUCUUUAUCGUCCGUCUCUACCCCACUUGCAGUCGACAAUGCUCUCGCCGCUUCUUCUCGCAGCAGCAGCAGCAGCAGCCCAGAGUACUACAGUAUACAAGGAGAAGCAAGCACAUCAACAACGGCGCUGUUACCAGCGAGUGAUGGAUCUAGGAGAACCAAAGGAAGAUGGCCACCCAAAAGGGCCUAUUCAUUGGUCGGAACCAUGCAAGAAAUCGCUUGUGACUGGUGCCAUGGUCGCUGCCACUGGUGCUGUGCAGGUCUUAAAGAAACAUCCGACAUGUCCGACAAGAGCUGGCUCUGUUUUGACUGUCGUUACCUCGUCAAAUACCAUGGACUCACGAAACAGACGGUCGAGCCCAGUCAACAAGAGAGAUGUAUCCGAUCGAAUUGUAUACUUUUGGAUGAUAUAAAACCACAAGAUCUCAUAGAAGAACAAGUCUUUGUCGUCGAGCGGCUCCUUGGAAGACGGUCCAUGAUGAGAAAGGGCAAGAGGAUCGAAAGGGAAACGCAAUACUUGGUCAAAUGGGAUGGCUAUGGUAUACACGAAUGCUCAUGGGAAUACCGUGCCAACCUGAAACCUCACGAUACCAAAUUAGUGAAAAACUUUGAAGCCGCAUUGUCCAGAGAAGGGUUGGUGUCGUCAAAAAGUACUGUCAUAUUGUUGAACGAAGCGACAAGUCACUGGGAUCCCAAGACUGGACAUCCCCUCGUCGGUCUGCAAACAGCGAUUUAAAGUGUAUAUCGGACCCUUUGUUUAUAGGCCAUUAUGAUGUAACGUAAU